GGCUGGUAGCACAGAAGAAGAAACUGGAGCUACAGAGCUAGCAAACUACUGGUUUUAUUCCACUAUUUACGUUUAAACACUUCGUCGUUGGCCAUAUUUGAAGUGAACGUGAUUCAAAAUAUCCAAUAUACAUCGCAUGAGACUGUAUUUAUCGACUUUUAGUGCUCGCGAGCCAGUCGUCCAAAAAUGUCGAGUCGCCUUGCGUUCCAGACACAGCUAGCUUCCAUUAUGGAGGUAUUGGCCAAUGCAGCCGUGGCAGAAAUCUGCAAACUGGUAGACGACGACUAUGCGGUUGUAAGUUUGCAAAUGUCACAAUGUCAAAGGGAGAACAAAGGUUUGAAGCGAAAGCUGAAUCUUCUCGAGCUGAAGAUGGCCCGUGGUUACGCCGAACGAAGGCUACGGGAAAGCGCAAUGAACAGCCGUCCCAACAGCAGAGUUCAUAUCAACACCAAUGAGAAAUUCAGAUCGUCGUCUUCAUCAACUGGUGGUGUCUACGACAUACAACUAGAUCACAUGGGGAUGUGGUCAGGAGGCCCUGGAGCCAGUAAUGAUCACAACAGUCCUCAGAUGCAUCCCAACCCCAUCCGAGACAAGUCGCCAGAUCUGCAGCUUGUGGAGCCUGAGUCUCUGCUGGUCAAAGAGGAGAGGAUGGAGGAUCCCCUUGGAGACGCGGAGGCAGACGACGUACCACUGAUUGGAGAGGACGGAGUGGUGGAGUGUGGCCCUCGUGGAGGUAGCGAUAGAACUGGCCCUGGGGACUCCACAUCCCAUCCACCCACUUCAGCCCAUGGCCCAGAGCAGCUCAGCCAGCCUCAGCAACCCGAGCAGCAGCAGGGCCCCAGGAACAGGCACCGUGUGGAGUCUGCAGCGGUGGAGGACAGAGACCCUGACAUACUGCUGAUCAAGGUGGAGGAUCUGGACCCACGGGGUGGAGGACUCAGCAUCCAGGAGGGGCCGGAGGAGUCCAGCAGAGACGACUACAGAGGAGGAGCAUUACCCCUGGAGGCCACCCACCACACCUCACCCCCAGACCACACCCACCACCACCCCGGGCCGACCAGGCACCACACCACGGAGCCUGCAGCUGCUGAAUCAUCUCCAUCAACACUAAGACUGGGACAGAACCUGGGAAGUAUCACAGCAACAGGAGGACCUGACCUGACAGCAGAGUGUACUGGGGAGUCCUCCUCACAAAAAUGUAUUGGAACCACCAGUCCCACAGCGAGCCUAGGUAAUAAAGCCAAUAUCCCCAAGGGAGCACCAGACAACACAACUCCAACCCAGACCACACAGCAGCUCAGCAAGCAGAGAGCAGCCAAUACGCUAAGCUCUGAGUACUCACUGUUUGAGCUGGAGACCUUCUUCACACGCUGGGCCCCAGACACAUCGGCAUCAACAUCGCCCUCUGGUGGUCCCUCGUGCUCCUACACCGACGACACUACGGAAACUGACCCAGACUGCCUCAUAGUCGACCCAGAGCCUAAGCCCCAGCUCCUCUCAGCGACUGUCAGGCCCCCAGGGGAGGGUGUGCCUUUCUCUGGGCAUCAGGGAGUACAAACAGCCACUCUGGGUGUGGGUGGGGGCAUCCAGGGGCAUCCCACAUGGAGCAGGGCAGCCAUUUUAAGAGCGUCUCAACAAGCACAUCAGCGGCAGCUUCAACGACGCCUCAGAGCACAGCAGCUACAACAGACUCACCCAGAAAACCCAAACACCUCCACCACCAACACUACAAGUACUGGUAUGUCUUCCCAAUCCCUUCACUCCCUGGUAGGUCUACCACCAGGAAGAGGGACCACGGCCAAAGGCUUUGCCCACAUCGAGGUGACCCUGGCUGGGCAGCAGGCAGCCCAGCUGGCCCAGCAGCACUGCGAUGCGGCCGGGAGAAGAAAGAGCUACGUGUGCCGAGCCUGCGGUAAGGCCUUCACUGGUCAGUCCAACCUGGAGGCUCACCAGAGGGUACACACAGGGGAGAAGCCGUUCAGGUGUGCCACCUGUGGGAAGAUGUUCUCCGAGGCUGGCAACCUGAAGAAGCACCAGAGGGUCCAUACGGGGGAGAAACCCUUUGCCUGUAGCCACUGUGGGAAGCGCUUCGCCUGGAUAUGCAACCUCAAGACACACCAGCAGUCAGUCUGUGGAGAUGGGGGAGAAGGGGUGUGAGGCAUAGAAUUAGAAUCAGUAGACUGGACGGACAUGGUUCUAAAAUCUACGAUAGAAUAUUGCUGACACAGACAUCAACCAACAGGAAUUCAUUCUAAUCAUAAUGAUGUGAGACCGACAACCCCCCAAACCUCCAAAACAAACACUACAAUAUAAAGGAAAUGUAAAGGGAUUAGCAGAAAGAUGUCUUUACAGUUGACACUUUUUUCAGCUCCAGAUAGUUAUUACAGUAGUUAAAGUAAGGGGCUUGUAAUUGUAUGGCCGACACACUAUGUUAGGCAAUUAUUAGAUAAAGUAUCUUUAUUUGAAACUGAAAUGUGGAAUUAAUAUUGAAUAUCAUGUGCAUAUUAUAUGAACAAAUGUGUUCCAAGACAUGUAUUUUUUUAUAUUAUUAGGUAAACUCUUUUUAAUUUGCAAGAUUUGACAUGUGUCUGUGUCAGUCAUGCAAUAGCAAGUAAUGUGGCCACAGACAGUGACAUCAAAAUAAAAUAUUUUCUUAACACAACAGGUAGUACUAAACAGGUAGUACUAAAUAUUCGCAUCGAUUAAGAACUAUUCUGUUCUUUUGUGAGAUCAGCAGGUUCGUUUGAAAAUCAGCUUUUGUUAUUGGGGCCAAGUCACUGUGUAAUACGAAAUGCAACCGCAAUGUGGCAAAUCUUGCAAAUUACUCUCAUGGCUCUCCAUCAUGGGAUUGGGUCUUUCUCACAGGCUACAAGUGAAGACAGACACAUUGGGGGCGCAACUGCGUGCAUCCUUAUCCAAUUCCAGGGUGCAUAUUGAAGAUAUUGGAACCUACUAUCACCCAUAGUACAGAAGUUGACCUAUUCUAUUCUGUGUGAGAAAUAAAUA